CGUGGUGUACUCGGGACAUUAUACGUUAUACGUCGUCGUAUAGUUCGUGUGGUUGUCGCGAUUAUUCGUUUUGAAUUGUCAGUGUUGUGCGCCCGCUGAGUUUGAGUGAUUUUCACCGAUCUGCGUGGUGUGUGUUGGUGUAUUAUUAUUAUUAUAUUUUUUUUUGCUUAUGCAGGUUCGUCGAAUAACGUUCACCACGUGCGUAGAGUAUUAAAUAAGCGAAUUAGUAAAAAAAAAAAAAGCUAAUCGCUUAAACGAAAAUGACUUCAAACAAUGACCAAAGUCUAUCGACGAGCGGCAGUCUCCGAAUAACGUCGUUACACACGAACGGUUCCAAAAGCGUGGACGACAACGAGAAUCGUCAGGACGGCGGCAAUAAGGCUUCGCUAUCAGCCGUCAAGUGGCACUCGGCGCCGUCCGCGGGACUCGAAGACGGCCGACAGUCAUCGGCGUCGUCCGUAAACAAGUCACCGGGCACAGCAGCGACCGAAUUGUCGGUGACCGGUGGCGGUAGUUGGAGAUCACUUCAAAGACAAAAAGUAGUGACCACAGCGCCAACGCUUGAAGACGACGAGGACGGACGUCCGGCGACGGUGGCGGCGGCCGAAGCUGACCGGUCACCACGAAAACGAUCAGCGGCGGUGCGCCGCGGUUACAGUUGCCAGGAACCAUGCGCCGCCCGUCGGCCGAUGACGAUGAACACGUGUGGUUGCGUGGCCGUUGGUGGGGUGGGUGGUGCCAUCACGGCGGCUGGCGAGAAUAGGAGGCGCUGGUUGUCCGCGGAGACAGGUGGCAGUGGCCACGGUACCAGCCGGUCGAUGGAGUGUCUGCCGUCACCCCAACCUCCAACCACGCCACACCUGCACCGCACCAGCUUUAUAAUGGCCGCGGAUGAACGCAAAUCACUGGACAGCGGCCUGGAUGACGUAGGGGCCACGGCCGCAGCCGCCGAGAUGGCGGACCGCCGACGCGGCAUGUUCGCGUCCACCCGGACAUCCGUGCCGUCGCAUCUGUCGCUCGCUUUGCCGUCGUGCGAGCGCCGCUUGACCAUACUUUCGCCUCACACACACGCGCCGUCAACGCCCGCCGCUUUUUACUCAUCGUCGUCGUCCACCGAGACCGCUUGGCACUUUUGCACGUCAUCUACGGCUGCCGCCAUGUCAUCUUCCAUAUCGUUCGGACCGCACUCGUCCGCAGCCGCAGCCACGUCCACAGCCACCACCGCUUGCAGGUCCCGCAAGAAGUCCCGGCCCGGCAUGGUGUUGCCCCGUCUCGUGCUUCCUGGAAGCUCUGACUUAGAUAUAUUUUCACAUUUUGAUGUGGAAAAUGGAGCUGGUACUAGUCCUGGUAGAUCACCGCUGGACGGUGGAGGCACAUCCCCAUCAGCUGGACUGGUUCUUCAAAAUUUGCCACAGCGUCGGGAGUCAUUCCUGUAUAGGUCUGACUCAGAUUUCGAAGUUUCGCCAAAGUCUAUGUCCAGGAACUCGUCCAUUGCCAGUGAAAGCCAUGGUGAAGAUCUCAUCGUUACACCGUUUGCACAAAUACUGGCGAGCCUACGAAGCGUCCGCAAUAACUUCUUAAGCCUCACCAAUGUACCAUCACAAAAGUCUCGGAGAUCAUCCGGCGCCGCUGGCAACAGUACCCCGCAAAGCCGAGUUGUCAAUCCCGGAGAUGAUGCAUAUCUCAAGAUGUCCAUUGAGACUAUCGAGGAACUGGAUUGGUGUUUGGAUCAAUUGGAAACCAUCCAAACACAUAGAUCAGUUUCAGACAUGGCAUCAUCAAAGUUCAAAAGGAUGCUUAACAAAGAGCUUAGUCACUUCUCCGAGUCUAGUAAAUCUGGAAAUCAAAUAUCUGAAUACAUUUGUUCUACGUUUCUUGACAAACAACAGGAGCUGGAUAUACCGUCGCUGCAUACCGAUGAAAAUCAACAAGAUGAGGGGCGGCAAAUCACUAAUAAAGCGUCGUCGUCCUCCGGUACGUCAACCAAUUCACAAUCCGGCGCACAGUCCAAGAAAAAAGACGUUAAAUCCAAAGUAACGCCGAUGUCACAUAUAUCGGGUGUAAAAAGGGCCUUAUCGCACACAAACAGUUUCGCCGGCGAACGGUUGCCGAAAUUCGGCGUGGAUACGCCCAAGGAGGAAGAAUUGGGACACACUCUGGCUGAAAUAGACAAAUGGGGUAUCGAUAUAUUCCGGAUAGCCGAUCUGACCAACAACCGACCGCUGACGGCUAUAGCGUACACCGUGUUCCAGAACCGAGAGCUAUUGAAAACGUUCAUGAUUCCAGCAAAAACGUUCGUUGCGUUCAUGAUGACCCUAGAGGAUCAUUACGCCAAAGACAAUCCUUUCCACAACAGCACUCACGCGGCGGACGUCGUCCAGUCCACCAACGUUCUGCUGAACUCACCGGCUUUGGAGAGUGUUUUUACUCCACUGGAAAUCACCGCCGCUCUUUUUGCCGCCGCCAUACACGACGUCGACCAUCCCGGACUGACUAAUCAGUUUCUCAUCAACUCAAGUUCUGAAUUAGCUCUAAUGUACAACGACGAAUCCGUGCUGGAAAACCAUCAUUUAGCAGUGGCUUUCAAACUUUUACAAAAUGACGGAUGCGACAUAUUCCAGAAUAUUAAUAAAAAACAAAGACAGACUCUGAGAAAAAUGGUUAUCGACAUGGUACUUUCCACUGACAUGUCAAAACAUAUGAGUUUGUUGGCUGACCUCAAAACCAUGGUGGAAACAAAAAAAGUAGCCGGUUCCGGUGUACUGUUGCUGGACAACUACACCGACAGAAUACAAGUCUUGCAAAAUUUGGUACAUUGCGCGGACUUGAGUAACCCCACCAAACCGUUGGAACUAUAUAAACGAUGGGUCGACCUGUUGAUGGAGGAAUUCUUCCAGCAGGGUGACAAAGAGCGAGAACAAAACCUAGACAUCAGCCCGAUGUGCGACAGGCACAGUGCUACGAUCGAAAAAUCACAGGUCGGUUUCAUCGAUUACAUCGUGCACCCUUUGUGGGAAACGUGGGCUGACUUAGUGCAUCCUGAUGCCCAGGAAAUACUCGACACCCUCGAAGAAAACAGAGACUGGUACCAGAGUAUGAUUCCACCCAGUCCACCCGCCGACGAGUCCGAAGACCGCGAGAGCGGUGAUGACGAUGAAUCAAAGCCCUCGGCCAGUGACCAGGACCCGAAUAUCAGGUUCCACGUGACGCUCGAGGAAGGUGACGAAGACUCGGUGGCCGCGAUGUGACGCAAACUAGUCGGCUGGUGUCGCAAGCUGGGCGAAAAAGUCAACUCCUGGUGGAGGACCAAACAAUGAGCAAAACAAUUAGCGACUCACCUGGUCUCCGACUAGGAGAAAAAUAAAAAUAACCACAGCGCCCCUUGUCCCCAAGAAUUGCAUGGUGUGUCCGUGUAUCUGUGUGUAUGCGUGUGCGUGUAUGGAAUCUAUCCAAAACGCUUUUUUCUGUCUAUGUAAAAAAAAAAAAAAAACAAGUUUAAAAAAAGAUAAUGAUUAAUGAUAAUAAUAAAAGAAAAAUGAAAAAAAAAAAAUUAA